GUUUUCACACAUGAUCCAGGACAAGGCCCUUCGCACCUCCUGGGCACGGAAGAUGAAGGAGCGGCAGGGGAGGGAGGGUGAGAAGAAGCGGCGGCGGGAGGAGAACCUGAAGCGACGCCUGGAAAAUGAGCGGAAGGCGGAGAUUGUCCAAGUGAUCCGGAACCCACUGAAGCUCAAGCGGGCGAAGAAGAAGCAGCUGCGGCGGGUGGAGAAGCGGGACACACUGGCCCUGCUCCAGAAGACACCCGGCAGGGUCCGUGGGGCCCUCUUCUUGCCGCCCGGACCGGGAUCCUUCCCAGGGGUGAUAGACCUGUUUGGGGGUGCGGGCGGCCUCAUUGAGUUUCGAGCAGGGCUGUUGGCCAGCCGGGGCUUUGCGGUGCUGGCUCUGGCCUUCUUCGCCUACGACGACCUGCCCCCCUUCCUCGUCGACCUGGAGUAUUUCGAGGAGGCGGCUGAGCUACUCCUCCGGCACCCCAAGGUGCGAGGCCCCGGCUUGGGCGUCAUCGGUGUCUCCAAAGGAGCAGAGGUGGCCCUGGCCAUGGCCAGCCUCCUGCCCCAAGUGGUGGCCACGGUGUGGAUCAACGGCACGGCUUCCAUCUACGGCAAUGCAUUGGUCUACAAGGACCUCCACAUCCCCCCAAUCCCUUACUCCGCUGAGCGCUUGGUCUUCACAGAGUUGGGGGCCAUGGACAACUCGGCCCUCUUCACCGACCCCCGGGACCCCGCGUACAGCACCUCGGCCAUCCCGGCCGAGAAGAUCCGGGGGAAGGUCCUCUUCGUGGUGGGGGAGGCUGACCGCAACUUCAACAGCAAGCUCUUCGCCGAGCUGGCCAUGGCACGGAUGCCACCGAAGAGCUGCCGCCUCCUCUCCUACCCUGGGGCCGGGCAUUUGAUUGAGCCCCCCAGCUCACCCCUCUGCAGCAUCUCCAGCAUCCGCGUCAGCCCCCGGCUGGUGAUGUGGGGUGGUGAAGCCCAAGCCCACGCCAAAGCCCAGGAGCACUCAUGGAAGGAGAUUGUUCAGUUCCUGGAGCUCCACCUGGGUCUCGCUGCCACUGCAAAGCUGUGA